CACACAUCACUAGUCGCUGCCACUCUACUGCACUACAUCCACACACUGUACGCAUGGGGACUUUAGCUGGCUGAACAGUUGCUAUUAACAAAGAAACGGUUCACUGGAAACGACAGCCUCCUAGACAGAAGUAUGGAGACAAAGAAGGCUAGUUAACGUGAGCUAUUUAGCUUUAACAUGACCGGAUUUAUCAGAAACUAGCACCAGCUCUUACUAGAUUUAAACAUCCCCAGCUUGAUCAGCAGAUCUUCAGCUACUGACAGAUAUCAUACAUGUCAGUACAACAGUCUGGACUGUCACACAGAUCAAAUGAGUGUGUCUGCAGGUCUGUGCUCCUACAAAGUGUUAUAACAGCCAUAUAGUGUGCCUCCACUGAUAUCAGCAGCAUGCCCCUGUCAGACCUCCUGGACGGCCUGAAGGACAACCCCUACUUUGGGGCUGGCUUUGGACUGGUUGGGAUUGGGACAGCGAUGGCAGUGGCCAGGAAAGGUGCCCAGGUGGGAAUGAUCUUCUUCCGCAGGAACUACAUGAUCACUCUGGAGGUCCCCAGCAGGGAUAAGAGCUACCACUGGCUGCUGAGCUGGAUCACCAAGCACGCCAAGCACACCCAGCACCUGAGCGUGGAGACCUCCUACCUGGCACAUGAGAGUGGAAAGGUUCACACGCAGUUUGACUUCCACCCAAGUCCUGGGAACCACAUCAUCUGGUACGGGAGGAAGUGGAUCAGGGUGGAGAGGACCAGAGAGAAGCAGAUGGUGGAUCUGCACACUGGAACCCCGUGGGAGUCUGUAACCUUCACCGCUUUGGGCAGAGACAGACAAAUUUUCUUUAAUAUCUUACAAGAAGCAAGAGAGCUGGCCCUGAAGCAGGAAGAGGGACGGACGGUGAUGUACACAGCCAUGGGUGCCGAGUGGAGGCCCUUUGGGUUUCCACGGCGACGCAGACCCCUCAGCUCUGUGGUCCUGGAAGGUGGCGUGGCCAAAAGGAUCGUAGAUGAUGUGAAGGACUUCAUCGGAAACCCCAAGUGGUACACAGACAGAGGCAUCCCGUACAGAAGAGGAUAUCUGCUGUAUGGCCCCCCGGGGUGUGGAAAAAGCAGCUUUAUCACGGCAUUGGCCGGCGAGCUGGGCUACAGCAUCUGUCUGAUGAGUCUGAGUGACCGAAGCCUUUCAGAUGACCGUCUGAACCACCUCAUGAGCGUGGCGCCGCAGCAAAGCAUCAUACUGUUGGAGGAUGUGGAUGCAGCCUUUGUCAGCCGAGACCUGCUUCCCACAGAGAGCCCGCUGGCCUACCAGGGAAUGGGGAGACUGACCUUUAGUGGCCUGCUUAAUGCUCUGGAUGGAGUGGCUUCAUCUGAGGCCAGAAUAGUUUUUAUGACCACCAACUUCAUUGACAGGUUAGACCCAGCACUGAUCCGACCCGGCCGUGUCGAUUUCAAGCAGUACAUCGGGAAUUGCACGCACCCGCAGCUUGCACAGAUGUUCUGGCGGUUCUACCCAGGCGAGUCUGCCUCUGAAGGAGAGCGCUUUGCGGAGAGUGCGUUUGCCGCCCACCCUGAGAUCAGCGCUGCCCAGGUGCAAGGACACUUUCUGCUGCACAAAAUGGACCCUGCAGGAUCUAUAGACAAUGUUGCCCAAAUUAAAUAAUGGCAGGACGGCAAGGUGUUUGGAGACUGAUUGCUGAAUAAAGAGAAACUUGAGAAACAUUCUUUUUACAUUUCCAGUUGAAGUUAUGGUAUUGAUAACAUAGAUGUGCAUUGAGUCCAUGGACUUUAUAUGCAAUAUAUAGAUUGAUACCAAAUAAAUACAUUUCUGUUCA